AUUGAAUUAUCCUGAAGUUCUACCCAAUCUAGGUGCCUCUACCUCGUUGGAUAUACCAACAAACCGUCACAUAUAUUCCCAUUAGUGCCUGUUGGGUUUGUUUGAUUUCACAUAGCCAGAAUGGUCCGAAAAUUAAAACAUCACGAGCAAAAGCUGCUCAAAAAGGUCGACUUCGUCACAUACAAGGGCGACAACGACCACCGCGCAGCGGCCGUCUGCCGGCGAUACAUGAUCCAAAAGCCGUCCGACUACCACACGUACAACCAGAUCUGCGGGUCGCUGCGCAAGCUCGCGCACCGGCUCAGCCUGCUGCCGCCGGACAGCGAGGUGCGGCGCAAGCACGAGACGCUCCUGCUCGAGAAGCUGUACGACGUCGGGGUGCUGUCGACGCAGUCCAAGCUAUCGGCCGUCGAGCACGGCGCCACCGUCAGCGCCUUUGCGAGGAGGCGGCUCCCCGUUGUCAUGACGAGGCUGCACAUGGCCGAGAACAUAUCGACCGCCACAAAGCUCAUCGAGCAGGGUCACGUGCGCGUCGGCGUCGACGUGGUCACGGACCCGGCCAUGCUCAUCACCAGGUCCAUGGAGGACUUUGUCACGUGGGCUGUGGGAAGCAAGAUCAAGAAGAAUAUUAUGAAGUACAAGGACAAGCUGGACGACUUUGAACUUCUCUGAGUUUGCUGUUGAACGGUGAUAGGGAAAAGAGAAGGUCGCUUUUUUUUCUUCCAAAAACAUGUCCACCAGAGACUUCAGCCAAUCUUUGUUUUCUCUUCAUGAAGAGCAGCACAGAAGAGAUGUUUGACUUGCCAGCGUUUGCGGCUGAUAGCUGAUCAAUUCAGCAAGAAAGGGGUAGCCGUACCCUCAUUUAGUUGGUACAAGAAGUAUCACUAUCCUUGCAAGAAAAGCCCCCAAGACUACGGGACUACCUGCUUGUGGGCAAACGACUACGCAGCAAGGACUGAUGGUAAUUGUGGGUUUGGGCGAGGGUUUGAAUCAGGGCAUGCGAUUACGGGCGUUGACAAGGCAAGAUUUGGGCUUCCACCAAAGCUUCUGUUGCAUACAUUUUAAGUUAUUGUUACUCUUGGCGCGGCGUUCAAGGUGUUUUGGACUUCGGGUAUUGUGAUUAGAAGCGUCUAGUCUUCCGAUUGGUACAUAACUGAAUACGAUGGCUGUUUUGUCGGCCGAAGAACCUCUUGCGUAAAGUAUAGAGAGGAGAUGAAAUAUCUACUCCAGGAAGACAGGUCUGGCUCGGAAGAACAGCGAAAAAAGAAAA